AAGGGUACUAUUCAGAGGAUUAGUCAUUCAUUUUGAUAAACUUAAUAAUAUUAUCGGUGUACUUAAGAAACAUGUCGCCAGAGUUAAGAGCACUCACAGUGCCAGGCACAACUGCAGAUAUUAAGGCGAGAGUAAACAUCAGAUCAGAUGCUUUAACGUGUCCAAGUCAUAGACAGAAGACAUGGAACCAAAUAGAGAAACUGUUGGAACAGUGGCAAACGAGAGGAUUGAUUCCAGCAGAUGAUCAACCUGGACCAACGGAAGCCCAUAGAAAAGCUGUAGUUGAACAUGAGAAUGCUGAAUACCUACAACAGGAAAAAGCAUGGAUCAAAGCCGUACAAACCCCUUGGUAUGGACCAGCUAAAAGCGCUAUGAAAAAAGCUGAAAAAAGAAAAGUUAGGGUUACAUGUCUGUUAAUCCAUCUGACAUCCAUCGCAGAAGAUCUGCCAGUAAAUGAAGACACAGCAGAAAUGACAAAAGAGGCUCCACUUAUCCAAACUCCAAAGCAGUAUCCAAGCCUGACCGAAGUGUCUCCUCCAGACAUAUCAGAGAACAACCCUUCUCACCAAGCUUCGAUUCAAGCCCCAAAUGAGAAAGAAUUGGCGUUUGAGGUAAGAAUCCUAUCCAGUGUCAACCAGCUGAUGGAAGAACUCGGCAGAAGAAUGGAAGCAGAACUCGACAGAAGACACGAAGAGCUCGACAGAAGAAUGGAGGAACUCGACAGAAGAAUGGACGAGGAGCUCAACAGAAGCAUUGAAGCAGAACUCAUCAGAGGAAUGGAAGAGAGACGAAAGGCAGUUGAAGCCCAUAAUGACAUUAUUGCAGAAAGACAAAGGGAGGAAGAUAAAUACCAACUACUUCUGGCGGAGAGGCAACAAGACGAUGUAAGAUUCCAGGACAUGAUGGCAGAUAGACAAAGGAGAGAACAAGAAGAACGAAGAACUCAAAGAAAACGCAGAACAAACUACUCUCCUGACUAUUCCAAUGGACGGGGAGAUGAAUAUGACGACAGCGGUACACAGUCUGAAACCAGUAGACACUCCCCAUACCAUGAACAGUCACAGCAACAACGCAGUUUUGCAUCUCCUCCUGAGAAUAAUAGUAGUGACGAAAACGAGCAACAUUACCCUGGGACAUGCCCCAAAACUAGAAGAACCAAGACAACUAAAAGAACCAAGACCGGUGCACAUACCUCCAUGCCAUUGAUAGCGGCUGGAAGAGGAGGAUUUCAAUACCAAUCAUGGACUCACAGGGACAUGGAAGCAUUAGUGUCAAAGCUACCUCCACUCACGAAAGGAGGUCAGAAGUGGGUUACUGAUCUGGAGAAGUACACUGUCCAAGACCACCUGUGCUUGGGAGACAUGAGGGCCCUGCUUGGACGAAUAGAAGGAAGACUAGAGGCAAGAGCAGUAGAUUCCGAGGCCAAUUGCACGCACGACCCAGAUGAAACUUCAUUCAACAAUAUCAGGUCGAAUUAUUGGGCUGCUAUUCGUCACAUCUACCCGACAACACGCAAUUUACAUGCCCUCAACAGCCUGAGAAAAGAACCGGGGGAAGAAAUGCAUGCCUUCUUGAAGAGAUGUGAAGGAGUGUGGGAGGACUGCACUGGAGAACGGCAUGACGUUUCUCCGGCUGUUGUAAUGUUGUGGAAGAACGCUGUCAUUAAAGCCCUUCCCCGAUCAGUGCAGGCAGGCCUGGGAGACGUGGUGGGAUUAGACGCUAAACCCAUUGAAGAAUGGAGACUACAUCUCAUUCACUACGAUAUGAAAUACCAGGCAACAAAGGGGGAAAAUGAUGAAGAAAUUAAAACACUAAAACUAAGACUUUUGAAGAUACAAGUAGCUGAGAAAGAUGCCGAAGCUAAUAAAAACAAGAAAUCGACAAAUCAGAUGGCUAUACUAGCAGAGAAGGCAGGGCGGACACCUCCAACAGUUCAACAAAGCGGAGGAGGAAGUGUAUGUCCACAAAACCAGGUUCAGCAGACACCUGUGUAUCUUCCUACGCAAGUACAGCCACAAGCACCACAGUAUCUUCAACAGCAAACACCUGUGUAUCUUCCUACGCAAGUACAGCCACAAGCACCACAGUAUAUUCAACAGCAAAUACCUGUGUAUCUUCCUACGCAAGUACAGCCACAAGCACCACAGUAUCUUCAACAGCAGACACCUGUGUAUCUUCCUACGCAAGUACAGCCACAAGCACCACAGUAUAUUCAACAGCAAAUACCUGUGUAUCUUCCUAACCAAGUACAGCCGCAAGCACAGGUAUACACUCCCAUACAGCAUCAACAAAAGGGACAAUGGAGAGGAAAGCAACGAUCAAGAGGAAGAAGGGAUGAUGGCUGCUUCAUAUGUGGAGAUUGUAGACAUCUGGCCAGAGAUUGCCCCACUCAGCAAUAUCCACCACAAGGUAGCACCUCACAAUACAGAGGAGAACCAGCGUUAGAUUUUAGAAAUAUUGAGGCGGAAGCAUAUGCCAGGGCCAUGACGAAUAUUUCUGUUGGAUCAGGUGAUUGGGUAAAUGUAAAAAUCCACAAGAUGAACUUGUUGCAACCUGUAUGGAGUGGACCAUGGGAAGUUGUAGAACGCACUGCAGAUGCGCUCCGGAUCAAAGUUAAAAAAGGAACAUGUUGGCACCUUCUUACACAUUGUGUAGCCGUACCGCCACCUUUCCAGAAACGGCACGGCAGUUGGAACUGAUUUUGGAAAACUGGUACAAAAAACAAUAAGGAAUUGAACAUUUUUUACAACGACAGCACCAGGAGAUGAGUAAACUCAAGAAUCUGUAGUGUAAAUACAUUGAGAAAAACACAUUUUACACUCGAACUGUUUGCACAUCAUAGACAAGGAAGUUA